UUUGGACAUGACUGUGGAUUGUUCUGCCUUAAAGUGCUGAACGGCAAGAAUAACUUAGAGUCUGAAACUACCCCAAGGUAUAAGAAAAAACGUUGGAGAUACCACUACGAGGUCACAGAUUCCGUAAGCAGGACUGAUACAAAGAAGAGCCCACCUCCUAUUAGCACCCCAAUGUUCUCAGGCAGUGCUUACUUUGUUGUCACCAGGGAGUUUGUGGAGUACCUGCUUGAAAGCCCUGAAGCACAGAAGUUUUUUGAAUGGGAAAAGGAUACCUACAGCCCUGAUGAGCACCUGUGGGCCACUCUCCAAAGAAUGCCUGGGGUACCGGGCUCCAACCCACCAAAUGAAAAAUUCCAUGCCUCAGAUAUGAUCUCCAUUGCCCGGCUAGUGAAAUGGUCAUUCUUGGAAGGAGAUGUCAGUAAAGGGGCUCCCUAUCCACGCUGCACUGGGAUUUAUCAAAGAUUAGUUUGCAUCUACGGCUCUGGGGAUCUUCAGUGGAUACUCGGACAUCAUCAUCUCUUUGCCAAUAAAUUUGACACUCAAGUGGAUGACAUUGCAAUCCAAUGUCUUGAAGAGCAUCUCAGGCGCAAGGCUAUUUAUGGAGAAGGUUUAUAGACACUGUGAUUAGCCUGAACUGGGACUUGAGAAUUAUAUAAACGGGGAGAGGUUUAUUAUUAAAGUGGUAAUGGAAAUGUAUAAGUUUUCAUAUUAAUAAUUAUGUUUCCUUUAAAAUUACACUAAAUCUA